CGCAGUUGCAUUCAAAAAUCAAAAACCAUACAGUACCGGCCGGUAGCCUUCUUUCGCCCCUCGAUCGAUGCGAACGAUGCCGGCGCCGAUCACCGAAGGCAGUAGCAGCAUCACUAGCAGCAGCCGCGACUACCAUUCUGGAAAGGCUUGGAAGGACAACGCCGAUGGCAACACCGCAUCGUCAUCGUUGCCGUCAUCGUUGCCGUCAUCGUCCCAAUCGCCGGGGCCGAGGAAUCCGUCGGGCCCGGCUUCGGGCACGAAACGAAAGGAACGACACAACCACCACCACCGCAACUCCAACCGCGAGUGCGACCGCGACGAGGUCGGCGAGUCCCUCGCCCGAUUGCUGAACGAGGAUCCACGGUUUCACUUCCCCGCUGCUUUCCGGCAGCAAGCGCAAAAGCAUGCGAGUGCGAGUGCGCAACACCAACUGCCUGCGCAAGAACACCCGGGCAGCGGAAGCCGAAAGCGGGGCCGACCCGAGCACCGUUUGGGCGGGAACGGUGGUGUGGCACCGCCGCUUCGCCUUUCCCGAGAGUCGGCCCCCUGCGAAACGAAGGCCGGGGGCCCUGCCGGAAACGAAAACGAAACCGAAACCGAUCCAAGGGACGCCCUGGCUCCCAGCGAGGCUCGGUUCCGCAGCGAUUGSGAUUGCGGCGAUGCUUCUUCCUUCCGGCCGCUCCUCGGCGCCCGGAACCGGCACCGGAUCAAGCUCYUGGUUCGGUGCGCAUGGAUCGUGCUGAAAAACCUUCGUCCCAGAGAGGACCUGUUCGGUCUCUUUGGCGCCUGUUGCUCCGGCUGCUUUGGCAGAAGCAACAGUCCACCCCUUGACCGCACCUCUUGCUUGGCGGUCCUCCGGCUGCUCUUGGUGGCGGCGGUGCUGACCGUUCUGGGCUGUGCCACGGUGUCGGUCGGGGCKGUGGUUGGCCUGGCAAGGCUUCUGGGGAUGGCCAAGCUGGUGUGGUUCGGGGUGUCCUCCSUCCUGGUCGACUGGAACGAGGUCGYCGGGGCCUGUCCGGGGUGGCUGCUCUGGAUCGCAAGGACUCUCGAAGAGUGGGCGGUCUGGUUCGAUCGGGUGGUCCUCUUUGGGAAMCGGUGGAGCGGCAGGGAAUGGACCUCCCACGGAUUCGUGUUCGGUGGCGASGGGGGGGUGUCUGCCUGGUUCGGCCGGAGCCAGAGCGGGUGCCRCARCGGCACGCCACAAUCGAGCGAACGGACCUCGUACUUGUGGACCCUGCCCCCGCCGUCGGUCCUGGUUCGAUCCCCGGACCUGGUGCCGGGGAACGCAAACGCGAACGCGAACCCGCGGGCACCAAGGGAUCCCUCCGCGAGCGCAWCCAGCGGCGAACGAGGCACCASCGGYGGAUCWUGCACAAGAGCCGAUGCAUCGGCGCUGCCACCCUUGUGGGGCAAGGAAACCGCAAAGCACGUCCGGGCGAUCGAUUACUGCUUCCUCGCGCUUCGGGAAGAGUUCAUCGARCAACAAUACGCGAGGCUCCAACGGAGGAAGGACUCUUUCCGGCAGCAGAGCCGAGACCGCGGAGAUCCCAGGCAAAAAGCCGUGCUGGAGCGAGCCUCGUCCGUGGUAUCCCUCGAGGACUUUCGGCAGGAGUUUGUCCGGGACCAUCCUGCCGCGGACGGCGGCGACGUCGACGAAAACGAAAACCCACGGGACGACACGGACAAGGUUACCGGAAUCUCGCUGGGGCUGCAGGAAUUUCUGGAGGGCGAGGAUUCCCUGGACGAAAGCGAGGAGCACCACCGCAGCGGUUCUCUCGGUGGAUGCGGUGGGACCACCGCAUCUCUCCCCCGGAGGCAGGGGCUGCGGUGUUCCGAGUCGCGUGGUGCCGGCGACGAGGACAAGGCCAACGCMAACGCCAACGCCAAUUCCCCGACCCACAACGGCGAAGACGACGAAGGAUCCCUGUCGGACGACGGAACCACCACCGACAUGAACUGGAUGGACGUCGGACACGAGAUCGGAAUGAAACUCCUCUCGAGCUCGGCGGUGCAAAACGCACUGGCAUCCCACGACACGGUCGAGAAAAUCAGCACCCUCAAGGAAAAGGUCGACAGCCACUUUGGCAACGGCAGCCACAAACCCCAACCUUCUGCGCUUGCACCCAACACCAGCGUGGGCGAGGAUUCGUUCCCUCAAGCACGCACCGAUGGAAGCCUCCACGGUGGGCUGUCAGAGGCRUCGCYGGUGCCGAGAGAAAGAGAGAAGAACACCUUUGUUGCGGCCGGAAGGGACUCUGCGGUCCACAAACGAGGAGGAGCCGCCGAAUCUUCCACCCAGGCGUCGGAAGCAGCGGCUCCGCGCCACCAUUGCUACCAGCUCGAUCCGUACGCGGAAGCGCUGCCGGUCCACCCGAUGUGGACCUCGGCGGCAGCCGCGGCWACCGUGUCUCCCACGCAUUCCUUUGCGACCGUCGAGACGAUUGGCACGACGAGGGAGCCGCCGCCGGMGGACACACACCAAAAAACGACCACCGGCUCCGGGAGCGAGGGCGGUGGCACCGUGCCAGCGCAGACCCCUUCGGCAGCAGCCUUUUGCGCAAACCGCAUCGGACCACCCGGGGCGGGGGAGGAUGCCCUCUCGUCCGCGCACCACCUCGGGCGGCAGGUGUUGCGCCUGGACGACGAUCUUUCCGAGUUGUCCCCGCUGUCGCCCCCUUGCGUGACCAAGGACGCCGAGUGGGUGGACGGUCGCAGSCACYGCAAGGAACGCAGCACCUCCGGGAAAUUCGAGCAGAACCUCGAGUUGCCGACGAUCGGACCGAYGCACGAAUCGGGAGCAAGCAAGGGAAAGCAAUCCUCCGGGAAACUAUCCUCGAAGAUUGUUUCCAAGAUCUCGAAAACCUCUUCGGCGGUGAGCAAAACGAUAUUCCCGAGGCGGCGUAAACCAUCCCCGGAGGACAAGAGCGAUCCAAACGACAGCAGGGAAAUCCUCAUCGAACACCUCUCGCCGCUCGCAUCGAAACCUACGCGGCCCUUGCUGCUUCCGGGGGUCAAGAUCGCUGUGCCAUUGAUUCCCAUUCGACCCAAUGACCCAAAAGAGAGGCGGUCCUCGCGCAAGCGAGUCAAGGAACGCUUCCACAUGGCGACCGUGGUGAGCAGCAAGCGGAUAUGCGUCUACGAAAAGAACCAGAUGCCGAAAAGCGGCAAUCGCAAGAGCAAUUGCCUCUCKAUCACGGUCCAUCUCGACAAGUGCUUUUUGAGGAACGGCCAUUUCGCYACRAUGACGAUGCGGAUCAUGGACGAUUGGGGUGCUCGGUACAUGCCCAAGCACUCGAAGCUACCCAUGGGGUCCUGUGUGGCUACCAGCUUUGGAUUGGGGGUGUUGGUCGGCUGGAGAGUCGAAGACGACUGCCACAUAGUGCGUUCGUUGUGGCAGCACCGAGGUUCGGGAAGCGCUUGUGCCUAUCUCCAAAGGGACUCGAUCCACGCUACUGUUGAGGCCGCGGUUGGAUUCGAGGUGAACACCGCUGUCGGGCACGGAACGGUUGUGGGCUACGUCAAUGGUGGACCGGACUUUCGGUCCGGUCGCUAUUUUGUGAACAUUUCGGAGGAGGGCCGCCACCACAAGCAGGUUCUCGAACUCAACCGGACCGACUUGCUCUCCUGUCCGAGCGCCAAGUUCAUUCCCAUUGUCGAACACAUUCGCGCGGCUGCCCAGUACCAGCUCCAAAUAGACCGGUACAAGAAAUUGCAGGACGAGAAAACAAUGGAUGCAGAAGAAACCAACAACAGGCUCUGGGGCGAGUUUUCGAAGCAUUUCAAUGUUUUGUGGAAGAGUUUUCUACGGGCGAUCGAAGAAGACGAUGAAUUCGACGAUGGAAUGAACGAAUUCAUUCAAUCCUGUGUGAACUUUUUGAACAAGCUUGAUGACCCGAAUGKAGGAGCAGACGGAUCAGAAAACGGUGGGAAGGAUGCGCAACAAUCUCUCAGUGAUAGUUUUAUAAUUCACGCUACGGACAGCAGCAAAUCACAACUGAGCAAGAGUACAUCGUCUGCUAUCGCCGCUGGAGACAAAGCCGACAGGUCCGAUUCCGGAUUCUGGUUGAUGAACAAUAUGUUUGGCAUAUUUCAAAGCACGAGGAAUAGUUCAGGGAAGACAGAUGUUGACCUSGGUACGCGAGGAGAUGUACCGGUGGAAGGAAUCGAGAUUCAGUGCACACCCCGCAGGCAACACCUCAGCGCAAAGAACUACACGCGUGCAUUUGCCGCCUUACGGACACUCACCAGAACCGUUACAAUUGCUAGAGCGGCAAGUGCCGACGAACCGGACUUUAAGAUUGCGCUGUCCGUUUGCCACGAGUUUCUCUUGUUUGUCAAGACGGUCAUCAAGGUCCAACAGAAAAACAUGGAUCACGAUUCACUCGAGAUAUGGAGGUCGGCAUGGAGCGAAAUCGUUUCCGUGUUCGGUCCGGUGCAGCAGCGUUUGAGACGAAUUGGAGAAGGUAUCGCGGGUACGAUCAUCGGAAAUUUGUUUGCGUGGUGUCUUGUUUGAUUUGUUUCGUCUCUUUUGUUUUAACAGUUUCUUGUUUGUGGACUGCCGGCCAAACCACCGAACCAUUUUCUUUGUUUGUAGAGAGAAUGGAAAAACACGGUAGACGAGCCAAAGUUCGGCUUUUGCGAUUUGUCGAUUACAUCCUCCAGGACGAGAGCCUCUUCUUGGCUUUGGAGCAAGGUGAUUGGACCUGCUGCGCUGAGCAAAUCGAGAUUGCAAUGGUCAAUGCCAACAUUAUCGACAAACAAAGCCGUGAACAUUAUCGCAAAACGGCUCAGUUCCUAUACAAUCAUUUCUCAUCCGCCACAUCUCGAAGCAACGGUGCUGCCGCUCGCAACAACCAGAAACUCGCGCAAUUCCUGUUGGCCAUUCAAUUAUUCGCCGCGCCCAGAAAGGCCAUACUUGAGUUGUUCCUUCAGGAUCGAGUUCUAGAAAUUCUAGAAAGAAUAUUUGUUCGAGCUUUUUCAAAGGACGAGCUUGCAUCUAGAAUGCUAAGCAUCCAUUGUUCGAACUUUCAGACGCUGCGGCGCUUUCGCAUGCUAAAAGAUUUCACCAUUGCUGGGAAGUUGUGGAUUCCGUUGCUAGAUGCCGCGGACGARGAAUUCUCGUGGGCAGUGUCAAAAUUGCCCGCAAACGCACAAGAAUAUCUCUCCCCGAUUUCUAGUUUGUUUUCUCUUUGUGUGGUUCAGUUUCACAAAAUGGACGAAGGAGACCUUACAAAGGAUUGGCUUGAUUUCAUGAUGGAAGGAGAAGCCGCAAACAUCAUUCACGACCUAGAUAUGAAACUCAUUCUUGCCUUGGAGUCUUUCUCUCGUGAUAUUAAGGAUACUAUGGUCGUUCUGCCGUACUAUCCAAGGUAAGCCGAGSCAAAUGUCCGACCAUGUCCUUUCUCGAUUGUGACUUGCAGGAUUUAUACGUCUCUGACUUUUCAAUUUUCCCCCUCUCGCAUUCACACUGUACAGUAUCGAGGACGACUUCCUAAAUCUUGUCGAUGACAUCAAUGUUGAUGAGUUUGUUAAGGAAGCGUCCAUUGCUUUGGAAGACGAAGGAAUGCUACGAGACUUCAUCAAAGAAAAGGCUACGGUUGCGGUUGAACGCUUUUUGGUGAGCAUUCCUCGUUUGUAUUGGUUAUUGCCGUUCUAAUUGUUCUGUUGCUAAUCACUUUGAUCAUUUAUCUCGCUAGGAUUAUCUUCCAAAAAUGUCGAUACCYGUCGAAAAGCGUGAUCUUGGUGAAGGUUGGGUUCUUACUUGUCGAGGAGCUGGCGGAGGGGACUUGACGCUGACCGAACUGAAUUUAAAGGUGCGUAUCUUCGUUGGAACCACAUUUUGGAAUGGCCGAAUUGGUUCAACCAGUUGACACCCAAUAUACUACGAUGGAUUUGUAUCUCUUGUGAGUGUUUCUCACCAAACAUUGCCAUCCGCAACAAUCACAGAGAGAAAACCUCACGUGCCAGGUCUUGGGAGGCGACUCUCUAUUGUUUCCAGCGGCCGAUACGCUGAACGAGCUGGGUACAACCCCGAGUGGAACAAGCAGUAUACUUCCGAUGAUUAGAUCCAUGCCAGAGACAUCGGUGAAGGUGAUAGAAGAAACAUCUAUUCUAUCAGUGAUCAAGCAAAUUAUUCUGAAUGCACAGCGUGAUGGUUGCUGGCAAUCAGGCAAGGGUGGUGUGCACAGACCUCCGUCCGACAAAUAUGCUGCAGCUGCGCUAGGAAAUCUUCCGGUGUCUUCGGUACUCAAUUGCGCAAUUGAUCUAUGGAGGGCUCUGGAGAUAGACGACGAUGAAUUGCUUGAGGUUGCUAUCCGCGACGUAUCGUAUCAAAUUCAACUCAAAGAAGAUGGCGGAACCGACGACAGUAUCCAGGACGAGAAGACAAAAGAAUGCCCCGCAUUGGCAGAAUUAGAUUCUUGGCCUACAAUGAAUACAUCGUCGUCGGCUGACGAUACAUACGACCCUGUCCGGCAUCGAUUCAAUCCUCGUGUUGACCCGACUGUGCUCUUCUUGGAAAUCAAAAAAUUAACAUUCAACCUCGAAAAUUUCCUGUUUCGCAUCGAAAAGCACGAAAGCAAGAGAACAAUUUUUGAUCCGGUGUUUGAAGGCACCAGCAGCAUUCUAGUACGGAAUGUUUUGGUCCGAAUACGGGUGAAAUGUGUCAAGGGAUAUAUUCCAAAGCCAGCGGGAAGGUUUGACAUUCCCGUUCCAGUAUUGCAAUUGAGUGAUUUGGAUGUUUCCUUAGAAGAAGUCAAACUAGAAGUCCAAGACACUGGAGCGGAUUGGUUGCUGAACAAGAUUGUGGACGGGUUUGGCGAUAGAUUUGCUGAGAUUAUCUCAGCAAAUUUAUGCGACCAGGUUCGGAAGCAGAUGGAUGAAGCCCUCGACAGCCUGAACGGAUAUUUCGAGGAAAAUCCGGAAUUCCUACUCGGUGUGUUGGAUAUUUCGCUCGAUGACUUGGAAGAAAUGACAAUCUUCGUUUGACAGAUCCGAAGAACCAAUAAUUUGAGAUUAACGUA